AAACUGCUCUGGCCUUGUUGUAUGAUGAAGGGUUGGAAAAUGCCUAUGACGUCCGGCUGAAGCUGACAAAAGAGGCACUGACUAUUCAAAAGCAAGAUGUCGUCUGCAUCGGGGGAGCCCCUCCUGGUGCUAAUCACAGAACUGUUACACUUCGCAGACAACCUGUGGGUGGCCUGGGCCUGAGUAUCAAGGGAGGAGCAGAGCAUGGUGUCCCUGUCGUCAUAUCCAAAAUAUUCAAAGACCAAGCAGCUGACCAGACAGAGAUGUUGUUCAUAGGAGAUGCUGUGCUGCAGGUGAAUGGCAUUAAUGUAGAAAACGCAACCCAUGAAGAAGUGGUGCAUCUUUUGAGAACUGCUGGAGAUGACGUUACCAUCACUGUUGAGUAUCUCAGAGAAGCGCCCUCAUUUCUGAAGCUCCCAUUAGGGUCCCCAGGGCCAUCAAGUGACCACAGCAGCAGGGCCUCAUCGCCUCUCUUUGACAGUGGCCUGCACCUGAAUGGACACUGCAGCCACACAGCUCCAUCAUCACCUUCCUCACCCAUAGCUAAUGAACCAAAGUAUGAGAAGCGUUGGCUAGACACCUUGUCAGUCCCUUUGUCCAUGGCGCGGAUCUCCAGGUACAAAGCUGGAACUGAAAAACUCAGGUCCAGUGCAUUUGAAGUGCUGGCCCUGGAUGGAACCAGCACAGGAGUCCUUCAGUUCUCCACUGCCCAGGACUGUGCUGACUGGUUGCGUGCAAUCUCAGCCAACAUCGGUGACCUGACGCUUCAACAUAUGAAAAUGGCAAAUAAAUGCUGCUCUCCCUGUGACCAGGUGGUGCACAUGGGCUGGGUAAAUGAGAGGCUCCAGAGAGCUGAUGACACCUCUCAGACCUUCAGAUCCAAGUUCCUGGCCCUGAAAGGCUCAUCAGUCUACAUUUUCAGCACCCCUCCGGUAAGCACACUGGAUUGGGGACGAGCAGAACGUGCCUAUAACCUCUGUGAGGUGCUGUUUAAAGUUCACAAGUUCUGGCUUUCAGACAACUACUGGCUGCAGGCAAACUUUUAUCUGGGUCUCCAAGAUUUUGACUGUGAAGAUCCCAGGCCAUACUGCUUUAGUGUCCUGGCCAGCCACGGGAAGAGCCACAACUUCAGCGUGGAGCUGGGUAGUGAGUUGGCCGUGUGGGAGAAGUCAUUCCAAAGAGCAACUUUCCUGGAAGUUCAGAGAACUGGGUCAAAAACAUAUCUGUGCAGCUGGCAAGGAGAAAUGCUGUGCUUCACUGUGGAUUUUGCUCUGGGAUUCACCUGCUUUGGACCGGUAAAACAAAGUUAUUUCCAAUCUGCUGUAUCUAAGCCUCUAGGGCCACUCUCUUCUGUGGCCCAGUCUCUGCAACCAGUUGAACGUGCUCUGGAGAUUCAAGUUCUCGCAGCUAAGGGAUCUUCAGAUGAUGGUAAAACUCGAGUAAAGCUGCUGUUUCAGAAUCUGGACACCAAACAGAUCGAAACAAAG